UACAAAGCAAAGCCUACGUGGUCCUCUCAAUGGAAUUUCCACUGACAGAAGAAUAAAAAGUGGUUCUCAGUGAACCAGCAGCAUUUUCAGUGAGAGAGCACAACGAAACACACAGCAGAUUACAACCAUGGCUAAUUUGUCAUCUUUGGCACCAUUCCGUUACAAUGUUACCCAGCCUGCAAUAACUUCUAGUGCACCAGAGCUUAACUGUAUAAUUGAAGAUGGCUUCCUUUCAACCGUGCUGCCUAUUUUCUACAUUAUGAUUUGCGUGGUAGGGCUACUGAGCAACUUAUUGGCCUUGUGGGUGUUUUACUUCAACCAGAAGAAGGCAACAUCUAUCUCUACUUACAUGAAGCACCUGGCCAUGGCUGACCUCUUGUUGUUGCUCUGCCUUCCAUUCAGAAUUGCCUACCAUAUUGGAGAAUAUGCCUGGUUGGCUAAGUGCUACUUCUGUAAAAUCAUUGGGGCAUUCUUCUACAUUAACAUGUAUGUCAGCAUUGCAUUCCUAGUGCUUAUCAGUCUGGACCGCUAUUUAAAGAUCACAAAGCCUCUCCGUAAAUUCAGGAUCCACAGUGUGAAAUGGAGUUCAGGCAUAUCCAUGGCUGUGUGGGUAUUUACUUUUCUGUUAAUGCUACCCUUUGUUUUGCUGAGCACUUUAUGGUCAAAAGAGCAAAAAUGCUUCCACUACAAGAGUCAAGGUGUAACAGCGGGUUCAAUGAACCUGGCAGCCGUCAUAUUUAUUUUUAUCCUCUCUUUGCUUUUCCUGAUAUCUUAUGCUAAGAUUGCUGUCAAGCUCUACAAUAUCUCCCAGGGGAAAAAAAAGGAACCGAUCAGGAAAGUGAGAACCAGAGCCAUUUUGAAGACAUUUAUCGUUCUUGCGAUCUACAUUGUGUGUUUCAUGCCGUACCACAUUGUUCGAAUCCCGUAUGUUCUCUCUCAGAUGAAUAUAAUCUCCAGCUGCCAAUCAAAGAAUUUCCUGCACAUAGCCAAUGAACUGGUACUGUGCCUCUCUGCCCUGAAUAGUUGUCUUGAUCCAAUCAUCUAUUUCUUCCUCUCCAACUCAUUUCGUAGGACUAUACUUUACACACUUCAUGGAAAAUUCAACAAAACUUUUCCCAAAAUCAAUGGGACAAUGAACAGUUUCAAAUCCAUCACGGAAAUCUGAAGCCCAGCGUUGCAAACACUGAGUAAAUGGGAUAGAAGCAGAAUGCAUGGCCUUCAGGUAGCAUAAUUACAGCAACGAUCUUGCUCAACAGUGGUACUUCAGGAAAGGCUUGACAUCAUUACAUUCCUAUGGACUGAAGCAGCCUUACUCAAGAGACCCAUUUAUGGAUUCAUCUCGUAACCAAGCUGGCAAAUACAUGAGGUAUUCCUUAUGGUCACAAUAAGGAAAAUAAGUACAAUAGGAUGAAUUCAGCUACAGUUAUGUGAAGCCUGAUGAAUACCGGAACUCAUGGGAAUGGAAAUAUCAACCACAGAGAAAUCUUUGAUGUCAUCAUACAGCUACUUCCACUGUGGCUUUACUCAAACAGGAUCUUGUAGACUUUUUGCAAAGAAGAUAUAAGGUCUAAGUUAUAUCUAACUUACAGGUCCAGUCAGAGAGCACUAGGAAUGCUCCCCCAAUCAUUUCAGAUGCUUACAAUGUAGCAUCAUUUUUAAUGUGCAAUAAGUACAUUUUUCCUUGCAUAACGUCAAGGCCAGUUGUGGUACAUUUGCAGUCUGGCAAUCUAUCAUUUCCAAUUUGCGUGGACAGAAGAGAGUGUUGACUAUCUGGAGAAAGGCAAAUGAACUUCCCAAAGUUUUUCAUUCACUUCCCAGAGCGUAAAUUUUAUGGAAGAGCAUUUCAUAAGGAAAAUAAUUGUUAUCUGAGUGAGAACCGACUUUCUGCACUAAAGAUUAAAAAAAAACCUUUGGUUUAGUUGACCAUAGGGUUGAGAAGAAGGCUGUGAAUUCAUUUUCCAGUGCAAUAAGCCAGUAUAAAAGACAUAAAUAGAUGAACUGACUCAAUAUCUUGUGGCUUAAAGAGCUGCCCUAUGUUGGAUGUAUAAGUCCUACUUUAUAAAUAAUUAUUUCAAAAUGGAACUAGUAAAAUUUGAACCAUUAAAAUUAUUAGACUGUAAAUGAAGACAACAUGUAAAGAGAAAUUGUAAAUAAUAAGCCAUAAACUAUGCUCACUGUG